AUGGAUUUAUUCUGGAAAAGGGUCUCUGUCGGAAUUUGCGUGCUGGCAUCCGCACUGCUGUACAUUCCAAUUCUUUUCUACUAUGGAGUCAUUGAAAUCCACAACCCAAAACUUGGAAAUAUUACAGGAUACCAGUGUUACAAACUGCCUGGAACUCCCGAUCAAUUAAAAGGUCUAAAAGUCUUCCAAGGUGUCGGAUUCUUCAUUACAAUCUGUAACGUUGUGGUGAUCAGUGCUUUGUACAUAAUUAUAACUGUCUCUAUUGUUAAGCAGGUCAGGAAGAUGAAAAGCAUUCAUGUCAAACCAGCAGAAUCAAGUGGGAUGUCGUCUGACGCUACAGCAAUGUCUGAUGUGUCUAAACCUCAAAAAUUUACGUCUGUAGCCACAGAAAGCAGUGAAGUUCUGGAAACAAGUGUGAAUUCCGUGUCUCAGUUAGAGCCAAGGAAACAAAAGAAAACGCCAAAAUCUGAUGCAAAGCGCAAUGCCUUUAGAGUAUCCUUCAUGUUCAUGACCAUUUCCUUUGUUGGGUUUCUGGCGUACCUGCCAUCUUGGAGUUUCAUCGUCAUAGAAACCAACAAUCCUACUUUCUGGAAAAAAUUGUCUACUACCGCCUUACAUGUCUGCCUAACGCUUCGAAGGAUGUACAUGUUAAACCAUUUUGCGAACCCUUUCAUUUAUGGUGUUUUUGAUGUGGCGUUCAGACAGGAGAUUAGAAAGUUGUUUUGUGUUAAAUGA